GUUUAUUAAACUACUAGAUGACAGUGCAUGGGUAGUAAAAGCUAAUAUGCUACCUAUCAAACCUUGGAGAGGAGCAUGGAAGUAAAAUUACAUAGAAAUUAUCAAAACAUUCAAUCAAAAUUAAUUGUAUGAAAGUUAUAUUUUUAUUAGCUAAUUUAUUUAUUACGCAUUUUAAUCAAAAAAAUUUCUUAAAAUUAUAUAUUUUAGAAAUAUUCGCAUUUGCAAACUCUGUUAUUUUUUUAAUUUAUUCUGUGAAUAAUGUUUUUUUUUAUUUUCAUUACUAAUCAUUUCUAAAAUUUAAUGCAUACUCGGCGAAUUUAGGUAUUGCUAACUUAAACAUUUGAAAAUUUUUAGUUAAAAAAAGUGAGAAAUAAAAGGAAAGAAAAUUAAAUUUUAUCAAUUUCAAAGUUUUUCUAAUUUAUUAAUCAUGAACAAUAAAUUACAUUAUACGGAUACCAGCGAGUUAAAUCACACAAAUUUAGUUUAAAAAAAAUAUACUUUAUACCUAUAAACUAGGCAUAAGGAAGAUCAUAUGUAUGUAUAUAUAUAUAAGGAGCCUUGAAGGGGGAGGGGAGUCAGUAUAAUAAUCGGCCGUUGUACACAACUUACACACAUUGGACAACAUCGCGUCAUAUAGGAUUUGCGAAGAGAUGAAAAUUUCAUACUUUUUAACUUGAAGUAAAGAUAAACAAAUGAGGACUAAGAACAGUAUGUUUUAUUUGUUGAAUGAUUCGUUUGUUCACAGUGAUUCUUACUUAAAGCAAUACCUGUUUAAAAACUUAAAUAUUUUAUUGAGACAAUCAUAGGUUAGGUUAUAGUAUAUAUAAAAGAUAACACGUGUAGAAGUUUAACGAAUCUGUGAUUUGAAAUAAAGGUUUUUAUUUAAAAAUACAAAGAAAAUCGGUUAUCUUAUUAGUUCUGCCAAUUAUUAAAAAUUAAAAAUGUCAAAAAUAUUCACGCCAGUGAACCAAAUAAGGUUAACCAAUGUUGCUGUAGUUCGUAUGAAGAAAGCUGGCAAAAGAUUUGAAAUUGCCUGUUACAGGAAUAAGGUCAUUUCUUGGCGUAAUAAACUAGAAAAAGACAUUGAUGAAGUACUACAAACGCAUACAGUUUUCAUGAAUGUAUCAAAAGGACAAGUAGCCAAGAAAGAAGAUCUUAUCAAAGCCUUUGGUAAAGAUGAUCAAACAGAAAUUUGCAAAGAAAUUUUGGAAAAAGGUGAACUACAAGUUUCAGACAAAGAAAGGCACUCAGCUUUGGAUUCCAUGUUCAAAGACAUAGCUACAACUGUUGCUGACAAAUGUGUCAAUCCAGAAAGCAAACGUCCUUACUCUGUUUCACUUAUAGAAAAAGCAAUGAAGGAUAUUCAUUUUUCAGUGAAACCUAAUCGAAAUGCAAAGCAGCAAGCAUUAGAAGUAAUAACACAAUUGAAAACAGUUAUGCCAUUGGAGAGGGCGCAAAUGAGGUUAAGAGUUUUAGUUUCUGGUAAAGAAGCAAGGAAACUGAGGGAGAAAAUCGUAAAAUUAACAACAAAAGUAGAAUCAGAAGAUUGGAACAGUGGCUCAUUAGAUUUAGUCUGCUUGAUAGAUCCGGGUCACUAUCGUGAAAUUGAUGAGUUAGUCAGGGCUGAAACUAAAGGCUCUGGAGUUUUAGAACUGUUGAAUUUGAAAGAAAUCACAGAAGGAGAAGAGGUUUUGGAAUAGUGUUAUUCAAAAGUUAUAGUUUCAACUUAAGUUAAUAAUUUAUCUAGUUUAAAUUUUAUUAGUAUAUUGAUGAUGUUGAUAGACCUUGGAUUUGAUAAACUUGUUUCAUUUUCUUUAUACAAGCAAAUUAUUCAACUUUUGAUUAGAAAUCAGAGAAGAGUAGUAAUGCUUGACUUAUUGUUUUGUAAAAAUCACAACUCAUUGUCAGUUGCCAGUAUUGAUGGUUUGAAAAAUUUAUGAAUACUGUAACUUAAUAUUUUAAUCAUAUAUUUUUAUAAAUGCUAUUUACAUUAAUAUAACAUUUGUUCACAGAUAAAAUAUACAUUUGAUAAUUUUUCAGUUGUCGUUUAAUAAAUAAAUAUUGUGUACAUAUUUAUACAUAACAAGGUGAAUUGAGAAUCUUUUUUUUGUAACUUCUAUAUACAAAUAAGUCUGACGUGUAGUUAAAUCAGUUUGUAAAAAGGCAAUGACUAACCUGCAUCCUUUAA